AUGGAUUUUCAAUUCGAUUUUGGUAAAUCACAUUUCUUAUCCAGCGACUUUAUAAAACCAGCAAAUGGCUCCAAUUCGUCAUUUGUUUCAGCCAAUUCAAAUCCGGAAAAUAAAAAUGAUUUUAGUCCUACUGAUUAUGGAACAAUAUUUAAUGAUAUAGUUGAUGAAUAUUUAUAUGAAUCAACUUUAGAUAAACUUAAUAAAUAUGAUAGAAAGAUUUCAAAAACUUGGAGUCAACCAGAUAGUAAUAAUUAUAGAACAAUUAACAGUAAAGUCAAAUUUAAUGAUGAUAAUGAUAUUAAUAGAAGAUCAAGUUGGUGGAAUUGGAAACUGAUGUAUCAUUUUUUUGUGCCAGAGCAUGAUAAAGAAGAUAGUAGUGAUAUUAAACAGGAUCAAGUUCCUUACCGUUUACGAAAUGUAUUCAAAGAAGAAGGAGAUUAUGAUAAAAGUGAAAAAUCUAUUGAAUUACCGAAAAGAAGAGUUACAAUUCAAGAAAAAUGUGAAAUUAUUUAUCCUAGUUUAAAUUAUGAAUCAAAAAGAAGGAGUAUCUCAAGGAGAUUUAGCUUUUUCAAAAAACACCAUUAA